UUCUCAUCGGCGCUAUCAUAUGUUUGGAGUGUUUUUUGUGGAAUAGUAACUAAUAUUUAGUAAUUUUUGUUUUAUUUUAAGAUAAAACAUGCAGAUAACAAUAAAGAUUUUAAAAGGACAAGACGUUACAUUAGACGUCGAGCCGCAUACUUUAAUAUCAGAUAUGAAAAAGGAAAUUGAAAGUAAAUUGAAUAUACCAUUACCAGAGCAAAAAUUGCUAUUGCUUGGACGUACAUUGAAAGAUGAGAAUACUGUGUCCGCAUAUCCAAAUUUACAUGAAGGAUGUAAACUAAAUUUGGUAGUGAUGCGACCACGAAUAGAAGGAUUGCGAGAGAUCCUACAGAAAUCGUUUCGAAAGUACUAUAAUGAACCACAAGCUGACAACUUGGUUACUGCUUUUAUGACCGAUUUUGAAACGAAUUUAAAACAAAUGAGUGUGGACGAUAUUGAACGUUUAUCUGAGAGUUUAUUACUUGUUUAAAUUAGAAAACUCCAUCGAUACAGUUGCAGUUUCGAAGUAGAAAUUGAUAUAAAUUUCUUUUAUAUUUGAUAAAGUUAUAUGGAAAUUGAAAGAAUUUAUUUUUCACGUUGGAUAUAAAACUUUAAAAAAUUUGGUAUUUCCCAUAUUUUUUUGAGUACGUAUCCAUAUAAUAAAAAAAAUCACUUCGGUUAAAGUAUUGUCUAAAAUUGUCGUUGUGAUUUUUUUUCUUUAGAGAAGUUUGAAAAGUAAACAUGCAACAAUAGGAAUAUGCCCACUCAGUAUUUAUAUUUUACCGUAGAAAACUAGUACGAAUGGCAUUACGCAAACCAACUUGAAAUAAAACUUCUUCCCUGAACUUUAUUUUAAUAAAGCAGAUACACCACGCGGAAACUAUGCGCGAUCGAUUUCCUUUCAAAUCACACCUUGUUUUACAACAAAAAAAUUAGACUUAUCAUUUGACUAUCAGUUUUAAUUGACUUACUGAUUUUGGUGUGGUGAGUUAUCCUAUUAAUAAGAGCAGCGUGAUUUUUCUUUUGUUAAGUUCGUUAUUAUUGUUCAGUAUAAGAUAAUUCCAUCUGAAACAUAAAUGCUCAGUAAAAUAUAAAGGUUUUAGAACUCUAUCCACCAAUAUUUUAUAACACAUAUUUGUUAAUACUACCCCACAGUACUGGAUGAAUUUUCAUUCAACUGUCACCGCGAAAUUUUACGAAUCGAAGCACACAAAGUAGACGAAAAGUGAAAAACAUAUCACAAAACUUUAAAAUGCAGUCGCGUAUCUGUACCGUUGCCAUUCCUCAAUUUUCAAGGAAUUUGGUUCGUGCGUUUU